AUGAGCUUCCAAAUAUCCUCUCCCAAUGCCUCGCCCUUUGGAACGCCCCGUGACGAACACUCGAGAGCCAAACGAAACCCUUCGCAGCUCCAUCGUCCUCCUGUAGCACCAUCUCCGAGCGGCUACCAACAAUCAGCGCCGGCUGCGACAGACAGCUACUUCCCACCCGUCCCUUCACCACAGCCGCAUACCAUGAGCUACGGGCAGCAGCCGGGGAUGGCGUAUUCCCAGCAGCAGCAGCAAUAUGAUGGACAGCAGGACAUGAACGGCUUGACGCAACAGAUGGGGCAGAUGGGCAUGGAUGGCGGGGCGCCACACCCAGCGCGGAGGAGAAAGGACAGACACGCAUACCAUCAGAUUGAACAACCUGCUGGAGAGUCCCAAAGCUAUGGCGCACCGCCUGGAGGGCAGUUCAUGAAUGGACAACCACCGGCACAGCCAGGCCAAGACCCAGCAUCAGCGCCGUGGCAGCAGACCACACAGCCGUGGCAGUCUCAGCAACUACCACAACCUGGCAGCCAGCAGACCCCACAGGCAGUCGCACCAGCACCAGGCACUUCAAUAACACUGCAGCAGGCUGGGUCUCAAGCUGCGGCUGCACAAGGACGAGUCAAUCCAGAACAAGUCCCAAGCAUACCACUCAGUAGAGACUUGCCAGCCGAGUACUACAAGAGCCAUGUCUAUCCCACAAUGGAGCAACGGCUACCACCACCGGCUACCACGCCAUUCGUCGCCUUCGACCAAGGCAACGCCUCACCGAAGCAUGCACGGUUGACUGUGAACUGCGUGCCCAACUCUCAAGAACAACUGGCCACGACUGCACUUCCUCUCGGAAUCAUCGUUCAGCCUUUAGCGAAGCAACAAGACGGCGAGUCUGCAAUUCCUGUUCUUGACUUUGGCGAGAUCGGGCCACCUCGAUGCAGGAGAUGUCGAGCUUAUGUAAACCCGUUCAUGGUCUUCUCAAAUGGUGGCAACAGGAUGACCUGCAAUCUUUGUGGACACCCCAAUGAGGUUCCACCUGAAUACUUCGCACCCACAGACCCAUCAGGAGUACGAGUCGAUCGACAGCAGCGUCCUGAACUUACGCUUGGCACCUGCGAAUUCCUUGUACCCAAAGAGUACUGGUCGAAGGAGCCGGUUGGCAUGCGCUACCUCUUUCUGCUUGAUGUCAGCGCUGAGAGCUGCAAUCGUGGCUUUCUGAAGGCCAUGUGUGAUGGCAUCCUUGCCGCACUUUAUGGCGACGAUCUGGAAUUUGAGGCGGCAAAGGACGAUGACGACGAACAGAACGGAGAGAAGCCGAAGAGUUCGAGUAAAAUGCCACCAGGUGCCAAAGUUGGAUUCGUGACUUUCGAUCGGGAGAUUCACUUCUACAACGUGUCUCCUGAACAACCGGCACCCCAAGAGCUUGUCAUGUCAGAUCUCGAAGAGCCAUUCUCCCCAAUCUCCAAUCACUACCUCUUCACAGAUGCGGCUGAGGCCAAAUCGAACAUUAUCACACUUCUGCAGAGACUACCGACCAUGUUUGAGCGCAUCAAGCAGGCAGAACCGGCGCUUCUACCUUCACUUCUGGCUGGGUUGUCCGCACUUUCAGAAACAGGCGGCAAAGUCAUAUGCAGUCUUGCAAGCCUGCCGACGUUUGGUCCUGGCCGACUUGCCGUGCGUGAUCGUGGGGUUCAAAGCGCCUCGAACGAAAACCCAGAGCAAGAGAAGACUUUGCUGCGGGUUGAAAAUCAGGCCUACAAAAAGCUGCAGGCCGACAUGGUCAAGGCUGGCGUGGGUGUCGACUUCUUUUUGAUGGCACCUGCCGGCGGGUAUCUGGACAUCGCGACCAUCGGGCAUGUGUCUGAAAAGACUGGUGGCGAGACUUUCUACUAUCCAAACUGGGCCUACCCUCGUGAUACUCUCAAGCUUCAAAAAGAGCUAUCUCACACCGUACAGCGAGAGCAAGGGUUUGCUGCUUUGAUGAAGAUACGUUGCAGCAAUGGCCUCCAACUUUCUCACUACAGUGGCAACUUCACACAGCACACUUUUGGCGCCGAUCUCGAAAUGGGUACGAUCACAGAAGACAACGCUCUGUCUGCAACAUUCAGCUACGACGGCAAGCUUGAGACAAGGAAUGAUGCCCAUUUCCAAUCUGCCCUGCUGUACACCACUACUGGCGGACAGCGACGAGUGCGAUGCACAAACGUCGUUGCUACUGUUACCGAGAACGCUCGUGACAGUUUGCGAUUCGUCGACCAAGAUGCUGUACUCUCCGUGAUUGCCAAGGAGUCGGCUGCAAGAAUACCAGAACGCUCUCUGCAAGACGUGCGACAAGCCAUCCAGGACAAGACGACGGAUAUUCUUGCUGGGUACAGAAAACACCAUUCCGAAUCUCACCCGCCAGGCAAACUUGUCAUGCCUGAAAAUUUGAAGGAGUUCGCCAUGUACACCCUUGGCCUCAUCAAGUCUCGUGCUCUGAAGGGUGGUAAGGAGCCCAGCGAUCGCCGGAUCCAGGAGGUUCGACUCAUCAAGGGUAUGGGCGCUGGUGAAUUGAGCCUAUACUUGUACCCACGCAUCAUCGCGCUGCACAAUCUGGACCCGUCAGAAGGCUUUGCAGACGAGAAUGGUCAUUUGAAAAUGCCUCGCGCUAUACGAGCAAGCUUCGGAAACAUCGAAGAGGGUGGGGCAUACCUUGUCGACAAUGGACAAAUGCUCAUUCUAUGGAUCCACCAAUUGGUCAGUCCCAAUCUGCUGGAGGACUUGUUUGGACCUGGCUUCGACGACUUGCAAAAGUUGGACCCCAACUUGAACGACCUACCGGUGUUGGAAACUCUUCUGAAUGCGCAGGUGCGCAACAUCCUUCUAGCUAUGGACCAAGGUGCUGGCAGCGGCAGGGGCUCAAAAGGACUCGCCAUUCAACUGGCUCGACAGGGUCUGGACGGCGCAGAGUUCGAAUUCGCUCGCUUGUUGUAUGAAGACCGCAACGGCGAGGCUAGUAGCUACGUCGACUGGCUGGUCCAACUGCACCGCAGCGUUGGCAUGGAGUUGAGUGGUCAACGAUCGAAAGCCACGACUGACGUCUCAAACACGAUCAGUGAUACUAUCACGACGAUAGCGAGUAAUGUGCCUCGUUGGGGUUGA